AUGGUAGGAGUGGAGAUCGAUCAGAAUGAUCCAUUAUUCAUUGGAAAUUCUGAUAGUUCUAGUGCUGUGUUAGUUCCAAUCAAGUUGGUUGGAUCUGAGAACUAUGGAAUCUGGAGUAGAGCAAUGAGAAUUGCAUUAUUGGGGAAGAGGAAGUAUGGUUUCGUAACUGUCAGUGAAGAGCUACUUAGUGGCAUUGUGUAUGCCACAAAUUCUUUCUCAGUAUGGAAUGAUCUAAAGGAAAGAUUCGACAAGGUGAAUAGAGUAAGGAUCUAUCAAUUACAUAGAGAUAUCACCACUCUCUCACAAGGUACAGAUUCUGUAUCUCAUUACUUCUCAAAGUUGAAAACACAAUGGAAUGAGUAUGAUGCUAUAGUUCCAAAUUCCAUAUAA